ACUUUUUGACAUAUUACAAAUUCACAAGUCAUACUAAAUUUAACUGUAAUUUAAUAUAAUCAUACGUGAGUUUUUAUUAUAUUUGGAUUAUCAGUUGCGGGUCAUGAUGCUGUAAGCACCGUGACCUCAGACCGUGAUCUCCCGGCGCGCUCUCUGUAAUCAAAUGAACUGGCGAUUCAGUUUAAGACAAACGUGUUACAGGUUUAAAUCUAAUAUGUCUAAGACGAGUACUAAGUCUUCAAAAGUAAACAAAAAGGCAAUUACAUCUCCGGAUGUUUAUAAGCCUGUUGGACCUUACAGCCAGGCGGUGCUGACGGACAAGACGUUGUACGUGUCGGGCGUCCUCGGCCUCGACACGCAGUCGAACAUGAUCUGCGGCGUCGAGGGCCAAACCCGGCAGGCGCUCAACAAUCUCAAAAGUAUCUUGGAGGCCGGCGAAAGCUCUCUUCAGGGUGUUCUAAAAACCACGAUCUUACUUACUAGUAUGGAUGAUUUUCCAUGUGUUAACAAAGUAUAUGCUGAAUUUUUCUCCGACGUGUACCCGGCGCGAUCAACGUUCCAAGUGGUGAAGCUGCCGCUCAACGCGCUGAUCGAGAUCGAGGCGAUCGCUCUAAUCGGCAUCAAGGAGAUGGCUUGUCCAUGCUCGCGCUGAACACUCGCGGCUUAAUUUGAGUUUUAUUUUGUCUGUAUUUAUUUGAUAAUCUUCGAUAAAAACUAGUUGCGCAUAUUCUUGUAAAAUAUAAACAAUUUUAAUGCAUA